AUGGCUCAUGAUCAAGUAUGGUUUUCUCGUCCUCGUCGUUAUGGAAAAGGCUCACGUGAAUGUCGUGUGUGUAGCCAUCGGGCUGGUUUAAUUCGUAAAUACAAUUUAAACAUAUGUCGUCAAUGUUUCCGUGAAUAUUCCAAAGAUAUUGGUUUUAUCAAGUAUCGUUGA